AUGGCGUCUGCAUACAAAUCAGCACUGCGGUCAGGCGACGCCUCUGACUCCGAUGAAAGUGGCUCAGUCUCAUCCGCAGGAAGUAGCGCAACCCUGCGCGCUGAAUCCUCGAGCGGAGAAGAAAGUGUCCCAGGCAAGAAAAAUGUCAACGAACUCUCUCAACUGCCUCGCGAGAUCCGGAAUCGGGUCCUGAUGCUCACUUCUCGUGGCGUCUCAUACAGACACCGACAUCUUCUCAAUGAUCUACAUUCCUUGCUUCCUCACACGUACAAAGAUACAAAACUCGAUACUAAAUCGUCCAACAACUACAACUCCGCCCUCAACGGCCUGGCAGAUCUCCAUUCCUGCAAUUACGUCUUCUUCUUGGAAGCACGGAAACAUGGUCAAGACUUGUAUCUGUGGCUCGCGCGUGCGCCCAACGGACCCACUGUCAAAUUCAGCGUUACCAAUUUACACACAAUGGCUGAGCUCGGCUUUGGAGGAAAUUGCUUAAAAGGUGGGCGAGGCAUCGUUGUCUUUGACAAGAGUUUCGAUGAAGAGAUCCCGGGCCAGGAGUAUCGCUCGCUGUUACGGGAGAUGUUUCGUGGUGUCUUCUGUGUUCCCCCAAAGGGUAUCCGCGGCAUGAAACCAUUCGUUGACCGUGUCAUUGGUAUUUACGGGCUCGACGGAAAGAUUUGGAUUCGUGUGUACGAGAUCCGUGAGUCCGCACCAGACAAGGUCGACAAGGAGCGUGUCCAAGGAGAUGACGUCUCUCUGGUUGAGAUCGGACCUCGUUUUGUCCUCACACCGGUCGUCAUCCAGGAAGGCAGCUUUGGUGGUCCGGUAAUAUUCGAAAAUAAACAGUUCGUGAGCCCUAAUGCUCUGCGGGCCGAGACGAGGAUGCGCAGGGCCAACAGAUACGCGAGUCGAAGAGGUGGUGCGGAAGAGCUGGCUGUCAAGAAGAAAACCCUAAGUCUGAAUACAGGAGCGAAGAGAAAGAGAUCUGCACUCGACAACGCGAAGCUGUUUGGCUGA